GGCGUUUCAGAUUGUUUGGACGUGCUAAGCGGACGAAAUUAGAAGUGAUGUGUGCUAUUGGCAUUGACAUAGCCUAAGUGUGUUAGUAUUAGUUGGGCACAUAUGUAUGUGUGUACACAUGUAUGAACUGUCUAAUGGCCUGGCAUACUAUGUGUAUGCCUGUGUGAUUUAGGCACUAUUUGGGGAUUUAAUGAAAAAAAUCAUUAAUGGAUGCUGCUGUUGUCGACGCUCCGGGCAGGAAACCCAUUGGAGAUAGUGGCCAGGCAUCAAUGUGAAUGUGUGUGUAUAUAUGGUUGAGUUUGUGUGACUAUGCUUACAUUUGUAGCUUUAUAUGCUUUAGUGUGCUGUGUAUAUUCCUAAGCGCAAACCGAAUUUUGUGUGCUGACAUUUGACACAUAUGUAUGUGCAUAUGUACAACCUUUUGGUUUUUAUCAUGCAUUUGAGUAACUUUACGGGUUGUUUGUCUCAGCGAAUGUGUUCAUAAAAACGGUAACAAAUGUGGACUUUUCAGUUCCCCUAACAUUUUGUAUGUGCCUUUUCUAUCAUUAUCGUGCUUAUACUAUAUGGUGGUUUGCUAUCAGUUCUGUCACGUUUAAUGGAAAAGUAGGUUUGGUACAAACUCAAGUCAUUUUCGAUAUAAAAAUCCUUGAUGGGAAAGCAUUUAUAAACAUUCAACAACAAAAAUAAAUAAUGUUCAAACGUCGUAAUAGACAUUUAAAAAAUCAAACGUAGAAACGUAGAAGUCAACUUCUUUGUGAUUAACAGGAUUUGCAAAUUCGUGGCAUAGUGUUUUUCUUCCCACAGAGACUGUUGAAUCUAAAUUGCUUCAAAUGUGAAUGCCCCAAAGGGCUUUAAAGAAAGCAUCGUUUUUUAAAGCUCAGCCAAACUAACAUAACCCAUAUUUAUAUUUAAAAGAAGAUAUGAUGAUAAACGUAACGGCACGUUUCAGGGGUAUCAAAAUUUUAGGAAACGAAAACAAAUUGAUAAAAGCGAGUUUCAUUAAAAAUAUGCACUAAUACUGCUAUGUUACAGUAUCAAAAAAAAGGGAGCCGAUUUUUAAAACAAAACAGAGAAAAUAUUAAAAAUGUAUGUAGUUAAUGUGACAAAACAGUUUUCUAGUGCUUGAAUUCCUAAUGACGUGCGAUUUAACCACGAAAAUAAUAAAACAAAUAAGAGAGCUACAGUCGCGUGCGCUCAACUGUGAGAUACCCAUUAUCGAUUUUAAAUAAAAGCAAAAUAGUGUGGAAAUUAGUAACAUAUAUCAAGGACUAAAUUUGGUAUAUUGCCAUAAUACUUCAUUUACAAUAUGUCAUAGAGUUUUUGCCUCUGCGAUCUUACAAAUAAGAAUAAUAUAUAUCACUAUAAACAUUUAUACUGUGAAAUGGAAUUAUUAACUAUUCGAUUUAUUGGAAAAGCGGAAAAUAUUGCUAUGCAUCUAUUGACUGCUGCUACUUUUUUGGCAUUACUAUCUUUGCCCGGUCAUGCAAGAGGCGGAUUACGUGUCCCCACUUUUCUUCAAGAACCCCCAACACACCUGAUAUUUGGUAACGACACUGGUGCACAACUUAACUGUAUAGCACACGGUAAUCCACAACCAGAUAUUUCUUGGGUCAGGCGAGAUGGUACCCUCGUAACGCAAGUACCUGGCCUUCGAAGAAUAUCUGGAAAUGGAACAAUAUAUUUUUCCCCAUUUUUGCCGCAAUAUUUUCGCACCGAUGUUCACGAAGCUACCUAUCGCUGUCGGGCUAGUAAUGAAGCUGGCACAAUAUUGAGUCGAAAUGUUCAAGUGCAAGCUGUUUUGCGUCGCCAAUUUCACGUACAUGUUGAAGCUGCGGAAGUAUAUUUGGGAAACUCAGCAUUAGUAAAGUGCGUUAUACCAGAAUUUGUACGGCCCUAUGUGCGCGUGAUUAGUUGGCACCGUGGGAACGAGAUAUUACUGCCAGAAUCAUCGGAAGUUUUGAGUCGCUACGUAGUACUGGCAACCACCGGAGAUCUGUAUUUUCGCUCUGUUCGCUCAGAAGAUGGACAUGUGAAGUUUAACUGUUUGGUUACUAACACACUGAAUGGGGAUCGACAACAGAGUGAUGAUGUUACGCUACAGGUGAAAGAGCUCAACAAAAAUAUGGCACCACGAAGCAGUCAAAAACCUGUGAUGGAAAUUGAAGUGGAGCGGGGUAACGAUGUACAUUUGCCUUGCAAUAUUCAAGGCUCUCCAUUUCCCAUAUUCACCUGGUAUCGUGUUUCUGACUCCGCAGCGCUGUAUCCAAUACCAUUGUCACAACGUUUGAAACUCUUUCAAACACUAUUGCUUAUAAAGAAUGCUGACGAGCAAGAUGCAGGAAAAUGGAUUUGUCAGGCAUCCAACCAAUUUGGAGAGCAGCGUAUUGAAAUUCGGCUCAAAGUCAAUACGUUUGUAUCUGUGCAUAUACUACCGCAAGUUCAAAUUGUCAAUUCUGGCGGAACGGCAAUUUUCAAUUGCACGACAAUUGACUCAGAGAUUGAUGUCAUAGACUGGUGGCACAAUGGUAAACCGCUGCAGGCGAAAAAUGCACUUAACGCUGGUCGGGAUGGUAUACGUUUCCUCUCAAGAAGUUCAUUGCUUGUACAAAAUGUUGGCCGACGCGAUCAAGGCGUUUAUCAAUGCCUAGUGGAAGCUCAGCACGCCAGCGCCCAAGCAAUGUCGGAGUUAAAAUUAGGGGACACUGUACCUGAAUUGACAUACACUUUCAUUGAACAGAAUGUUCGUCCGGGCCCAUUAAUAUCCCUAAAAUGUUCCGCUAUCGGCUCACCGCAUCCACAAUUCACAUGGCUUCUGGAUUCGCAGCCUAUUAUGGAUGCUUCUUUACAUCAUCGCUUUGCCAUUGAACAAUUUGUCGACAUAUCUGGCGAUGUAAUAAGUUACUUGAAUAUUUCACAUGUGCGUUCUGACGAUGGGGGUCUUUAUAAAUGUGUUGCCACUAACUCGAUGGGACACACUGAGCAUUCUGCCAGGUUAAACGUUUACGGACCACCAUAUGUGCGGGCCAUUGGAGCAUUAAGAGCCAUUGCUGGUGACGACAUAAUUAUGCGCUGCCCAUUUGCAGGUUAUCCUAUUGAUCAAAUUCGAUGGGAAAAAGCGCAUCAAGAAUUAACAACAAGUUCUCACUAUUCGUUUGCGUCGGUACAUGAAGGGGGUCAGCUUGUUAUUAAGAAUCUGGAGCCCAGUCGGGAUCAGGGCAUCUACACAUGCAUCGUGCGCGGCCAAGCGGGUGAAGAAGCACGUCGUGAUGUACAAUUGAAUGUCAACAGCCCCCCAGUUAUUGAACCUUUUAAGUUUCCUAAAAAUCUUCAGGAGGGUGGAAGAGCGCAAAUUACCUGUGCAGUAUCUUCUGGAGAUAUGCCAAUCUAUUUCAGCUGGAAAAAAGAUGAAAAUGCAAUACCUAGUAGUCUUCAGAUUAACGAAAAGAAGGAGGAAUUUUACUCACUUCUUGUUCUUAAGGAUAUCAGCGUCAGACACAGUGGCAAAUAUACUUGUUUGGCGAGUAAUGCUGCCGCUAAGGUCAACUUUACAGCUGAAUUGCAAGUGCGGGUGGCACCACGCUGGAACCACGAACCUAUGGAUACCGCCAUUAUGCUUGGUAACACAAUAUCGAUCAAUUGUGAGGCAGAAGGAUAUCCCAUUCCAACUAUUACGUGGCUCAAAGGAGAAGGCAAAGCAUUUAAGGACUUUAAAGCAUUGAGCAUGCGAAAUAAUUCCCUAAUGAUGAAUAUUGCCACAGAUAAUGAUGAAGGUUACUACCUGUGUCAGGCCACUAAUGGAAUUGGUACCGGCCUUAAGAAAAUAAUACGCAUUAAUGUUAAUGAACCAGCACGAUUUGAGCAGUCUGCACAGAAUGUUAGCUCCCGUCGUAAUGAACCAAUUACAUUGGUUUGCCACGCAAAGGGCGACGAGCCUAUCAGCAUUGUCUGGACUCACAACAAUGGGCGCAUUGAUCUUAAUAACUUUCGUUUUAGCAUUGCUGAGAUGAAAACUGGGAAUGGUGUAGACUCCAAGUUGACAAUUGUGCACUCGGAACGACAUGAUUCAGGCGAUUAUCGUUGCACAGCUGAAAAUCCGUAUGGACACGCUGAGCACAUCAUUUUUCUCGCAGUGCAGGAGCGACCUGAUACUCCAUCUAAUUUAGAUGUUUUCGAGGUAGGGUCGCGCACCGUUAAACUAAGCUGGCGGCGACCCUUCGAUGGGAAUUCGCCCGUCCUCAGCUACCUUGUGCAGUAUCAGCCACUUACGUACUUGCAGUCACGUGCAGCAAUGGGAGCUGCCGAUACUGAUUGGGACAGGACCAAUGUCAUAAAUGUUACUCUACCUUCAUCAAGCAUAAAUCAGAGUUAUGACAGUGAUAUUCGCGAAAAUGCCAUUGUAUCAGGACUUUCUCCAGCAACAACCUUCCUUAUACGUAUGCAGGCCAUCAACGAGAUUGACCGCAGUGCUUACACUGAUUCAAUUGUAAUAAAAACACAGGAGGAGGCUCCCACGGAGGCUCCUUCUAAUGUCCAAGUACAAACCAGCAGCGAGAAUGAAUUAAUCAUAAUCUGGCAGAUACCUCCCCGUGCGUCAUGGAACGGUGAGCUUAUUGGUUACACCAUUAACUGCAGUGAAGAAAAGCAAAACAUUAACUUCAUUAGCGUGGUCAAUAGUUCCCUCAAAUCAGUUAUUGUCAGCGGCUGGGCUACAACUAAAGCCACUCUGAGUGGACUGCGUAAAUACACACGCUAUGCUAUCACUGUGCGAGCCCUAAACAGUUUUGGCUCUGGACCAUGGAGUGCUUCGAUCUUCGGCACUACUGCAGAGGGCGUACCUGAGGCUGCGCCCCAGAAUGUUAGUUGCUCGGCAUUGUCAUCGCAGAGUCUAAAGAUAUCAUGGUUAGAGCCGCCGUUACAACUGCAUGGCGGCAUUAUACAAGGCUAUAAAAUUUUGUUUCGGCCAAUGGGAUAUCAAUUGGACUCGCCUUCAAAGAUGCAAAUUAAACGUACAUCAAACUUAGAAACUUUUCUGCACACCCUACACAAGGCCACAAACUACUCCAUACGAGCACUGGCUUACACAUCUACAGGAGAUGGCUUGGCCAGUCAACCAUUGUUUUGUCAAACCGACGACGACAUCCCUGAUGCACCUUUUGCUAUUAAAGCUGCGGCGCUAACUGCCGAUUCAAUUUUAAUUUCAUGGCUGCCACCGAAGAAUCGAAAUGGAAUUAUAUCGCAUUACACGGUAUAUGCACGUGAGGCAGGUCGUAAGGGUCAAACAAAAACUCACGUGGUGCGUGUUGAUGAGUACGGAUAUCCAGUAACAUUUGAAGCGCGAAACCUAGCCGAGAACCAAAUGUAUGAGUUUUGGGUCUCUGCAUCCACAUCGGUAGGAGAAGGUGAACCCACAUCUGUGGUCGCUCAGGCUACAAACACUCGAGCACCUGCACGCAUUGCCUCUUUUGGGCAAGUGGUGAGGAAACCGGUGGGCAUGCGGCUUGUGUUGGAGUGUAUGGCUGUCGGGAAUCCAACACCUCGUGCACGUUGGUUAACUCGUGAUCGGCCCGUGACUUUCAGCUCUUUUUAUGAAGUGACCAAUCAGGGCCAUUUAAAAAUACACCGUGUUGAAAGCAGCUUGUCCGGAAAUUUUACCUGCACCGCAAACAAUCUGUUCGGCAGUGAUGAAAUACAAUAUCAAUUGAUAGCUAUGAAACCUCCCGUUGCUCCACAAAUCAUCGUACAGUACGCUUCCGCUGACAGCAUACGUGUCAGUUGGGAUGCACCAGAAAACGGUGGUGCAGCUCUACAGGGAUACACUAUUUCGUAUCAUACGUCCGGUGAUAGUUGGACGGAGAUUGAGUUGCUGCCAGACAAUAACGCUUAUACGAUUACUGGGUUGAAGUGUGGCAAUCAGUACACUAUAAAAAUGUCGGCUCAUAAUAUGGUGGCUACUGGAGCGACCAGUGACGAAAUAAAUGUCUGGACCAAAGGAAAAGUGUCUCAGGCACCAAAUGGCAGCGAACUAAUUACUACAAAUUCAACAUGCGUAAAUUUAAAACUAUCGUCGUGGCUUAAUGGUGGAUGUGUUAUUAACCAUUUCUCAAUUGAGCAUCGAGUUCUAGGCGAUACACGCUGGACAGUAGUAACAUCGGAUAUUUCAAAUGCCGAGGAAAAUCGUGAUAAUUUAAUAUUUUGUGAUUUUCUACCAGCCAAGUGGUACCAGCUUCGAGUCUCGGCUACCAACGAUGCUGGAACAACUACAGAACAUUACCAGUUUAGUACAAAAAGCCUCGAUGGUAUCACCCUUCCUCCACCCCCUUCGCUUAACUCGGAAAAUGAUUUAAUGGACAACCUAAUAAAUGCAACGAAUCCAACAAGUGGUGAUUGGUUGGCAACAUUUAUUGUCAUUGUCAUUAUCACUAUAACUAUAAUAACUAUCGCACUUCUUGUUAAGCACCGCCACACACUUUGUGGCCAUAUUAAUGAGGAGUAUGAAUCUCGUGCACUACCAAGUGAUUACAAGGAGGAGCGUGAAAAUCGGCACAACCAGCAGGUAUACAGCGCUUCCCCGGUUAAAACAGUUGAUAAGAGUAACGAGUCAGAAAUGUAUGAGAUUUCGCCGUAUGCCACGUUCAACGUCAAUGGAGAAAGAACAGGCGCACCAGCGAAGCCAGCUUCACAUGGGCUGGCAGGACAUACGCCUCAUGAUUACACUAUGCAAUUUAAAACAUUUGGUCACCCCGAAGGGGAUAAUCUUAACGCUACAGCCUACCCGUUACUACCCAAUACAAGAUUUGGGCACGGAAAAAGCAAGUCCAGUUGGCCUAAGAAUCGGUACCUUAAUACCGAUGAUGAAUCUACUCUGAGUAAAUCAAUGACUAUUGUGGCUGGAUCUCAUUCUGGUCAUUCUAAAAAACUGGCUAGUACGCGCCCUACAAAUAAUGGUACUUCUGGAGUUGUUGCGGAGUCAGAAUCUGACACAAGUAUUAGUCCGAGCACAGAGUUUUCAAAUAUGCCUACAUAUCGAGUUCCAUGUAAAUCCGUACGAGGGAGUGACGGACGUGUAGUUGUUGAUAUGUUUCGUCCCGAUUCGAGUACGGAAUCUAAUAAUGAACAAAUUUCCCCAUUGGUGGAACGGAGAUUAAAUACGCCGCGCCACGUUGGCAUACCAGUAGAUAAUAGAAGCGCGGAACGGCGAUUCCGCAUGAAUGCACAGCUGGGUAAUCAGACGUUGGAGCGACGAAAGUGCCCUGGUAGUAACAACAGUGCUAAAAGUGAAAUCGACACAGUCGGUUUAUUCACAGCUUCAACAAAUUUUAUAACAUGCGGGGACUUUUCAGGCAGACUUGCCCCGCCAACUGUAUUCAAUGAUGCUCGUGAGUUUGGCGAUCAAGUAGAGUGUGAACGAGAACAACGCGCAUUAGACUUAGAAGUGCAACGCGUGAUGGAAAAUACCAGCGAUGCUCAGUUGGAGAAAAUGGAUCGUGAAGAGAUAACUCCAUUAUUGGUAAGGUAAGCUCAUCAAUCCGGUUGGCGAGAUGCAGUUAUUUUACCAAUCCUGACACUUAAAACGUAAAAACAAGGAUAAAUGGAACAAAGACAUAAAAAAUAACCAGACAAACAUUUUAAACUUACAAAAUCGAAGUCUCAAGACGUAUUCACGUAUUGAAUUUAUGAAGAUGCAUUUACUUUCUAUUCAUUUCUAAUAUAUAUACAUAUACACCUUAUUGUGUCUAUUGAGAACGUGAAGAAAUCACUUGGAAAGUUAAGACUAUAUAGCUCCAAAUAUAGAAUAAAUAAAUAUACAAAUUAAUGAAAUUUCUCAGUAGCUCUACUCAAAAGUAACACUCUACAACUGCUUAUUAAAAGUAUAAUAGAAUACAAUAUUUUUUGUAAAAAACUAAGAAUUUUCUUAUGUGUUUUUAUAAGUAACCUAAUAAUGUGUACUAUUUCAAUAAUCCAUAUUAUAUUUGUAAGUAAACAUGUGUCAAAAAAAAGAAAACUAUGCAAAUCAAGAAGAAAACUUAUUUAAAUAAUAAUA